AUGAUAUUUUUUGUUCGACAUGGAGAAAGAGCUGAUUAAACAAAUGAUAAUGGAGAGAGGAAAAGAAUUUAAAAAUCAUUUGAUCCUCAUCUUACAAAUAUAGGUGAUAAAUAAGCAAGAAUGACAGGAGCACAUUUAAAUAAAUUAAUUUAAGAGUAUGCCAAUGAAAAAUAAAUUCAAGUAAAGGACUUAUAAAUAGUAUUUGAUGUUAUUUAAACUAGAAUUUUAUGACCUCACCAUUUCUAAGAUGCAUUUAAACUUCCAUUAAUUUAAUGAGGGAAAUCCCUAAUAAUUCAAAGUUAUAUAUUUAAGAUGAAAUUGGAGAAUUAAUGUAUACAUAUGAUUUUUCUUCUAAUAUACUUGAUAAAUUACAUUUGAGAACUGAAUAACAUCCAAUUCUAACAAAAGAGUAUUAAAAUGGUGUUUAAAUUAUAAAAGAAAGAUUUAUUAAAAAUCCUAAUUUACCUUAACCUGUAUUCCCAGAGAAUGAUAAUUUAUGUUUUAAUAGAAUUAAGGCAUUUAUGGUAGAACUUAAGAGUCAAAUGGACAAGCUUCCAAAUAAAACUAAUACAAUAAAUAUAUGUGUCACACAUUAAGGAGUAGUUGAAUUAAGUUUAAUGAUUGAAAAAGUAAAAAAUCAUAAUUGGAUUGAUUAUUGUGGAGUAUCUUAAUUUAUAUUAGAAGAUAAUGGAAAUGUAAAGAUUGGAAUUAAGGGAUAAAGUUUUUGGAAAUGA